GCGGGGACGGGGAUCGAGGUCGUUGCCACGCUCGAUCUCGACGACCAGGGGAGCAGGUGGCUCUCGACCUCGGUCUACGGCGGGGUGUACUCGUUCCUCAGCGAAAAGGUGUUCUGGUGGGGCUCCCUCAACGGCGCCGGCAUCAGCCUCUACCCCGCCCGGAUCCCAACUGAGUUUCAGCCACACCUGGCCCUGAGUAAUGAUCUGGGAUACGAUACCCAAACGGGUCACUUCUUUGUCGAUCUCUACGCGUACUCCAACGUCACCAGCACAGUUAGCUUCGUGGAAUUCGAUCUGAACGCGCAGGAGUGGAUAGUCAACAGCCAGGUAGUGGUGCCCGUCAGGGACUACCAGUACCUCAUCGCCGACAGCCCCGAUCUGCAGACUCGCAGCAGCCUGUUCCUCAUCUCGCUCGACUACAUCGUCUACAUCGAUCUGGAUACGUUCACGAUCGUCGCCCAGAUGGACCUGAGCCAGCAGUUCGUAACCCAGUACCCCGUCAACCUCGUCGCCGGCGCCACCUACUACCAGGGCAACCUGUUCAUCGCCAGGCACACUCUGGCGCAGAUUGUAGAUGUUCGCGUGUUCAGCGCCAAUUUCCACGCACUGCAGUUCGACCAUGUGGUGUAUCUGGACGCUGAUUGCGACAACAUGUUUGGCUGGGGCAACUACCUCUUCUGGCCGCAGUUGCACGGCAACAACGGAACGCUCUACGGGUGGGGCCUGGAACGGAGGAAUCUGCUCUUCACCUCCAUUGGCCUCGGGCCUGGCGCCAUUUGGGGCAAAGGCGUCGGCGCCAACCAAAGGACCAAGCAGGCACUGUUGGUGAGCGGCAAACCGGCGGGUGGCGGAUACACGGCCUGGGUGGCCAUCCACGACGACCAGAGGCUACCUUCCAUGGGCAUCCAAACGGUGUCAAGCGAUGUGGAAGAUCCCUGCUUGUCGGUGCUGCUGGCUGGCCACAACGCCACCGGGUUCGGCCAGGUCACCUGGCUCCGCUACGCCCCGACUUUCCAGUCUCCUGGAAAUCCCAAUUGCGGUGGGUCUUCUUCUUCGUCUCCUGUUGUUGUUGCCGCGUAA